GGGAGAAGGUGAAGCUGCGGCGGGUCUGAGGGGCUGCGAGGGGUUUUGGGGGUGUCCCCUGUUUGGAGGUCGCACGGCUCUUCGCUGCCAUGGGUUCCCUGCUUGCCCCCUCGGGCCGCGGCGCUGCCGCCGGGCGGGGGCCGAAGGCUGGGGACGGCGGUGAGGACGGGCUCGACAGCCGGGACCGCGUGGAGGACAUCGCCAAGUUCCCAUACGUGGAGUUCACAGGCCAGGACAGCGUCACCUGCCCCACCUGCCACGGCACCGGCUGCAUCCCCACAGAGCAGGUAAACGAGCUGGUGGCUCUGAUACCCUACAGCGACCAGCGGCUCCGUCCGCAGAGAACGAAGCUCUACGUCCUGCUGUCCGUCCUGCUCUGCCUCCUGCUCUCGGGGCUGGUGGUUUUCUUCCUCUUCCCACGCUCCGUCUUGGUGGACGAUGACGGUAUUAAAGUGGUUCAGGUUUGGUUCGACAAGAAGAACUCCGUCGUCAUUCUCGCGAUCACGGUAACGUUGUCGUGUCUCUGUGUUCCCAAUGGAGUAAACUCCGUGCCCAGUUGCCGGGAAGGUCGCUGCCGCUCACGUUUUCCCCCUUCUCUCCAUCCAGGCCACGUUACGCGUCAAAAACUCCAACUUCUACUCGGUGACGGUGACCAGCCUGGCGAGCCAGGUGCAGUACAUGAACACGGUGGUGGGGACCCAGCAGAUCAGCAGCGUCUCCAGCAUCCAGCCGCUCAGCGACAAGCUGGUGAAUUUCACUGUGAAGGCGGAGCUGGGUGGACCCUUCUCCUACGUGUACUUCUUUUGCACGUUUCCCAAGGUGAAGGUCCACAACAUCGUGAUCUUCAUGAGGACGUCGGUGAAGCUCUCGUACAUCGGCCACGCCACGCAGAGCUCGUUGGAGACGUACCACUACGUGGACUGCAGCACCAACUCCACGGCGGCGCCGGACGCGCGGCCCCGUCGCUCCCUGGCGCCGCGGUCGAGCCCUGAGGCGCAGCCCGUGUUUCCCGGGGGCGGCCGGUGGCGCACGCGGCGUCCUCGGAGGGACCGGCGCUUUCCAAUGGAAGCGGCGUGAUGGCGAGGGGGACAUUCCAAAGCUCCGGGGCCCUUUUUGCCCCGUUCCCCGUGCGGUUUGGGCCGCGCCGUCCGCCGAACCCGCUCGGGGUGUCGCUCACGUGCGGGUCCCUUCCCAAACUCAGGGCUUAAAUUCCCCUUUGGUUCCCAAAACCAGCGUUUGGUGGGGAAAACAGACUCUCCAGCAUCACGCUUUGGGGUCUGAGGAUCCCAAGGGUUUCGAGUUGACUCUUAGAGUUGUUUUGAAGCCGAACGCCGUGUUACGCCGUCCCGGGUAAACCAGGUCUGUGCGGGUAAUUUACUCCGGUUUUGUGCAUCCCUGGCGUGUUUCAACGCGGGGCUUGAUAAAGAGGGACAUUUCUCCAUAAGGAACACACAGAUAGGGCAUGAAAAGGGAUAUUUGUCUGUGGAACGCACGGAUAGGGUGUAAAAAGGGAUGUUUCUCUGCGGAACGCACAGAUGAGGCUUCUGCCUGUAACUUGCACUGGGAGGAGGUGAAGGACUGAAACCCCCUGUGUUUGCACAGAUUUUGUUCACCACCUCCAGCAAACCGGCGCCAAAACACGCGGGUUUGGUGAAGCCGGCAUCAGUAACGCGGCACAACACGAGGGAUCCGGGUCAUUUCCACCUCCCCGCUGCUCCCAGAACCUCCGUGUCCCCUCCUUGGGAACCUUCACGUCCCCCGUUCGGCACCCGCGGGGUCUCGCUGUUCGACACCAGGAACCCUGUAGCUCGUUGUCACUUUGCCUUCUGCAACAAGUGCCAAUUUGCGCUGUGUUUUCUCUGUAACUGCGCGUUUCGAAGGCUGGUCCGGCAGGAGCCGGCUGCGCUGGUAACGCGCUGUGGCGCUGGUAACGCGCUGUGGCGCUGGUAACGCGCUGUGGUGCUGGUAACGCGCUGUGGCACCGGCGCCCGCUGCGGCUCCCGCGUUUCAUUCCGCUGCGGCACUUUCGGAGGUUUCCUGCGGAAUUUGGUGGCUCCGGCUGCCCCCGCGUCCUUUUGGCUUCACCUCCACCUUCCCGUGUGUGUGCAAGCAGGGGGAUGCGAACACCCCCUGGUUUUGGCACUAAAAGAUGCUUCAUUUUGUGCGAGUGUGAAAUAAAAACCCAACUUUCUUUUAAAAA